GGGCUGCGCCAGCGGCAGGCGCGGGAGACCGGGCUGUGCCCGGUGCGCAGGGAGCUCUACUCGCAGUGCUUCGACGAGCUGAUCCGGGAGGUGACCAUCAGCUGCGCCGAGCGGGGGCUGCUGCUGCUGCGGGUGCGGGACGAGCUGCUGCUGACGCUGCAGGCGCUGCAGACCCUGUACGAGAGCAGCGUGGCCUUCGGCGUCAGGAAAGCGCUGCGUGCCGAGCAGGGCAAGGCGGACCUGGAAAGGAGGAUUGUGGAGCUAGAAGAGGAGAAGCGGGAGCUGGAGAGACAAGUGGAUGAGCAGAAAGCCAGAUGUGAAGCCAUCGAGAAACGUGACAACGAGAGGAGAGAGAUAGAGGAGAAGAAACACGACGAGGAGGUUCAGUUCCUGAGACAGAAGAACCAACAGCUGAAGACCCAACUUGAAAGCAUCAUUGCAUCAACUAAGUAG